GAAAAACGUUGUGGCGAAGCCGCAAGUGAGCUAUAAAACAGCUGGACCCCGUGGUAUGAUUUCUGUGGGUAUUGUAUGAGGUCUCUGUGAGAGGAACAUAGGAGCAUCUAGUGGAUGAGGUGGGAUCUUACGAUCUGUCUUCUAUCCCAUGGUCGAUAAGAGGAGCAUAGGAGCAUCCAGUGGAUAAAACGUAAGCUUAAGUUCUAUCACAUCAACCAACUAUUUUGUCAAUUUUUACUAAUUCGCAUAUAGUUAAUAAUACGUGUAUUAAUUUUUGUAUCCAACCACAUAUUCAUCUAACAGCUCGUCAAUUCAUCCAUUAAUUAAGAAGUAUUGUUUAUCAUUUAUAGGUACAUUCUUAAAUUCAAGCUUUCAACUUAUCAUCUAUUUAUAGUCCACCAACACAUCCCGUUUUCAGGUACCUUUCUACACGUUAAUCGUUCCGGAAAACUUUGCAAAUUCUUUCUUAUGCCUUAUGAUUAGUUAGUGUUUUUGACAUGUCCCAAUGUUUAUUUUAUUGAUGAACAAGGUGAUCAUCAGUCUUCGUAAACUGUUUCAGAUACCGAGAAAGAUAUCAAGAAUAAAUUGGUAAGGAAAAAAAAAAUCUACUGUUAAAGCGUCUGAAACUGUUCCCACACAAUGUCGCGUCCAAGAUACACAUCACCAGUGACCGUCACACCACACACGGUCUUCAUACUAGGUCUUGUUUUGGGAAACGUCUUUGUUGUCGACUGCUAUCGUGAUGACGCCGUAGGAUAUCCCCACGGCGGCUGUCAGGAAAUGCACGUUCCAUGGUGUCAAGGCCUUCACUAUAACGAGACAUCGUUUCCAAACCCUCUGAAGCAUCAGACGCAGGAAGACGCGGUGCUGGAAUUAAUACAGUUCUUGCCUUUGUUCGACAUCAAAUGCAGCAGAAAUAUCAAGCUUUUCGUGUGCAGCGUUUACCUCCCAGUGUGCAGCGGACGAUACGGAGCUAUCUCUCCUUGCAGGUCACUCUGCGAAGAAGCGAGGCAAGGCUGUGAACCUCUACUGAACCAAUACGGCUUCGCUUGGCCUGAGCCAUUUCAUUGUGACCGAUUUCCAUCAACGGGAAUUUGUGUUAGCGCGAGCUCACCUCUUAAAAAAAAAAAGAAAAGAAAAAACAGGAAGGUUAACAGACGAAGAAAGAAGCUAAACUAGUGAAUGAUAUAGAUACUGCUGACGAUAGUCUGCGUCCAGUACAGAAGGAUGCGUGCCUGGACCAUAGUGUUAGUACGCGAGUCUCUGUGUCACUCACAUGCUUGUUUGCUAUUAUCAAGAAAGACUAAUGACUAAUUAUCUUGCGCGACCAAACCGAAACUCCAACCUUUUCAGAUGGAAGAGCUUGCAAUAUUUUUUUUUUUCUGGCAACGUCCCGCAAAAUGACAGUUUAGCUACAAAAAUACAUUAGUUAACAUAUUUACAAUCUGACCAUACUAGAGGUCAGCAACAUUAUCUGGCCACAUUCGAAACAAGAUUAUAAACAACAGCAUAGCAUCUUUUAAAGGACUCACUGCGUGAAACGCUGGAAAGUUUGAUGGCCAAAGCUUCAUACUCAAUGAUAAAAAUAUAACAAAUAAUAUAGCUUUAAACUUCAAUAAAAAAAUUGUAAGAUGAAAUGCGAUACAAUUUUAAGCGGCCGACACAUGUUAUGUGAAAUCUUGUAUAUAUAAUAUCAACUUUGAACACAUUUGUUUUGUAUUAGGGGGUGUGUGCGAAAAAUCCCACACAUAGUGUCAAUCGGCCUGGAAAAGUCAAACGACAGCUCUGCACCAACUCUAGGGACAUCACUGGCUACGUGCAGAUAGGCCAACAUUUUGUGCAUUUUUUCUUUCCAUUAAAUUUUUUUUUUCCAAUGGACUUCACUUACGUCAAUUUUGUUUAUGGCCUUGGUUUUGAAGCUUUGUGCCGUCGUUGGUAAAUCAAUAAAA